ACUUCAUACAGAUACGAGAUUGCCGCUGCUUAGCCCUGGAUCGGCACCAAGACGACCGGAGACGCCGUGCUGUGCAUUAGUAUACCUGCGACCUUUCCCUCUGGUGCCUGGCUGUCCUUCUAACCCUGACCCUCACACUUCAUUGCAUGUUUCUAUGGCAGGCACGAGUCCUUCACUACAGGAGUAAGCUCUUUCCUUCAAUCUAGACAUCUAUUUAUGGCAGGCACGAGACCGUAGCACACGAGCAAGCUCCUUCCCUCAACUAAACCCAAAAUAUGAGCAUCCUAGCACACUCGCCCUGCUCAUCCUGUUCCAUUGCGUGCCUAUUUCUCAAACUCCUCAACCACCUAGCAGCUAUCCCCUCAAUUACCCUAGAUCUUGCCUCACAUCCCAUUCUUUCUACCGCGGAGAAGGCUGCUAUCUUCCACCGAGGUGCCGACGGCAUUUGGAUCGCGGUAUAUGCGCAGAAGGGCGAGCGCCUAGUCUUGGCAUAUGACGGUAUUGGAGAGGUAGGAGUGAAUGGAGGCUUCGGGCCAGCUCGAGCUGCACGGAUGAAGGACUACAGAGCCAAGCUUGAGCAAGAUCCGUGGUUCGAGAAGGACUGGGUCGUUGGUGAUGGAGGUAUCUAUACUAGCUGCAUGACGAGUGCUUCUGGUUUUUGCUCGUUGACUUGGGCGGAGUGGCGUAGGGUUGGCCGGUCUAUCCUACAAAUCAAGAUCAGUAUGAGGCUGGAUGGGUUUGGUGGCCCCCCGCGGAUGGGUACGAGGAUCCCGAGCCUCAGGAACCCUCAGAAAUAUCCUGGAAGGAUGUUAUCAAGCGAAGAUUUAAGUGCGUUUCUCGUACUGGGAAGCUGCCAUCCGCGGAGGGAAAUUAGGGUUGAGUUAUCUAGCGAUGAAGAUGGCGAUGUCGAUAUCCAGUGGGACCAAGAUGUCUCGGAUGAUAACGACGUUAAGAAGGAUGAUAACUAGUGGAAUGGUUUGGCGGGCGACGACAAGUGGAAUGGAUUCAACCGGACAACUCUAAAAUGAGCUAUCAGUUUAGGUUCCUGUGAUUGUUUAACAAGUUUAACGACGGCUGCCU